AUGGCUAAGUCCUACUAUCUUGGAAAGGUGAAAAGGGGUAUCUCAAACUUGGUGCAUCACAGAAGGGCUAAAUCACUAAGUUACAUUAGUGAUGAUGAUGAAGAUGUUAUUACCACUAUUACUAGUAAUAAUAAUAAUAACAAUAAUACUAGGGAAGGGUACUUAACUGUUGUUGCUGAAAAGGGUAGAGAGAAAAAGAGGUUCAGUAUUGAGUUGGAUUACCUGAAUGAUCCUGAAUUCAAGUUGCUGCUUGAUCAAGCUCAGCAAGAAUAUGGUUUCAGACAGAAGGGAGCUCUUUCUGUCCCUUGCAGGCCUCAUGAACUCCAAAAGAUUUUGGAUGGUGGCAAUGAAAGAAGGUUGAGUAGGUCAUAA